AUGACUGUACCUGAGAAGAAGAGAGGUCAAUCGACCAUAGAAUCGUUUUUUAAAAAUACUCCUGUUAAAAGGGCCAAAGUUACUGUGUCUAAGGAGGAAACUAUCGCUAUAAGUAAGAUAAGGAAUGAAAGUGCUGUUACAGUUGGGGUGGGGUCAAAAAUAGUAAACAAGGGUAUGGACAAAAAAUCAUUUAAGGGCUCAUGCAGCAGUAUGCUUUUGAAUUUAUUACAAUUAGAAAUCGAUACAAUUGAAGAUAGUUGGUUUGAAAGACUCUCUCAUGAAUUCAAAAAGCCAUACUUCAUCCAACUUAAGAAGUUCAUUGAUGGUGAACAAUCCAAGAGUACUGUGUUUCCACCUGCAGAUGAUAUAUAUUCGUGGAGCAGGCUAACCCCAUUUAGGCAGGUGAAGGUUGUUAUCAUCGGCCAAGACCCUUAUCAUAAUUACAACCAGGCACAUGGUUUAGCAUUUAGUGUGAAAAGUCCAACUCCUGCCCCUCCUUCACUGAAGAACAUUUACAAAGAGUUGAAAAAUGAGUAUCCUGACUAUGAGAUCGAUAAUAACGUAGGUGACUUGACACCAUGGGCCAAACAAGGUGUAUUAUUAUUGAAUACAGCGUUAACGGUAAAAGCACACAAUGCUAAUUCUCAUUCAAAAGCAGGUUGGUCAGAUUUUACCAAAGAGGUAGUCCAAACUCUAAUUAAUGAUAGGAUCGAGUCUAAAGAACCAAUAGCGUUUUUAUUGUGGGGAAACAACGCGAUUAGAUUAGUUGAAACAAUUCUAACUGAAUCACGUAAGAUUAAUAAAAGUAAUCUACCAGACAAUUUUAAGUUGUUAAAAUCAGUCCAUCCAUCUCCUUUGAGUGCAAGCAGGGGCUUUUUUGGGACACAGCAUUUUAAACAGAUUAAUGACUGGUUGUACACUGAACAAAAGACAGAUAUGAUAGAUUGGAGUGUCGUGCCUGGUUCAAAAUUGGCAGGCAUCAAGAAGUAUUGUAACAUGCAUUAA